AUGGAGCAUGUGAAAAGUUCAGUCCCUAUGCAGUCUACUGUUAUCAGUAAGAAACGUGGAAAAGUGAUUGCAGAAUUUGAAAAACUUCUGAGCAUUUGGAUGAAGGUUGUUCAAAGCACAUUAAAAACACCGAAAACCACUGCAUUGUUUAUACCGGAACGUCCGAAAGUAGAGCUAGUUAAGGCUCUCCCUCCGUCGGGGAACUUCUUCAUCUCGCCCUUCAGCGUCUGGAGCGCCCUCGUCCUCGCCUACUUCGGCUCCCGAGGCAAGACGAAGGCGGAGCUGGAGCAGGUUCUGCGGCUCACCAACAGGGAGGACACGCUCGCCCUGUUCAGGGCCCUCGAACGGCGUUAUGGCUCCCAAGAAGCAAACCAGAACUACACCAUCAACUCGGCUAACAGGAUAUACAUCGACCAGUCCAUUCCCGUUCGAGAAUGCGUGGGAAAAGUCCUCGACGACAAAGUGAAGUUAACAGACUUUAAUAGGCCCGACGCCGCCGCUGCUGACAUCAAUGCCUUCAUCAACGCCGAAACGCUUUUGGAAAUACCCGUUCAAGCCUCAAAGGACCCACAAGGACAAGUUUUUCGUAACCCCGGAAGAGUCUGUCCAAGUGGAUAUGAUGUCGCAAACGAGAAGGUUCAAAUAUGUGGACUCGAGAAGUUUCACGCCCAGGUGCUGGAGAUGCCCUACAGGGCGACCGUGUCCAUGGUGGUGCUCCUCCCGCGAAGUGGAAGGGGCCAAGAGGUGGACAGGCUGGUCCAACGCCUGAAGCCCAAGGUACUCGUGUCCGAGUUGAAGGCGAUGCCCUCCGUCUCGCUGAGAGUCAAGUUUCCCAAGUUCAGCGUGGAGAGUACUCUCGGGGAUGAACUCAUUUCGUAUCGUAAUCCUGGGAAGUUAGAUGUAAACCUCUGUUGGACCUCAAGAUGGUGGCUGAAGGGAAAAUUGGCCCGCAAAGGGUUUUGA